AACAGAACUUAAAUUACAAAUUAGAUUUAUUCAUUAUUUAUACACCUUUAUCACUUAGGUUCAAUUACUAUGUUAAAUAACUUACUUAAGGAAAAUUAAAAUUAACUUUGCAAUUAUGCAAAAUAAAGUCAAAAGAGAAUUAUCUGACAAAUUUUAUUUAAACUCUUGUAGAAAUGAUUGCAUUCAAAUUAAAGUAAUAGGUAUUAUAAAUACUAUUGCUUUUCAGAAGGCACGAUUAUAUGCAGAGAAAUUAUAUCAACAUUUGGCAUUUAAGUUUUGCAUGCCACAAAUUAUAGAAAUGUUUCAAAUUGAGUGGCAUGAAUACAUACUUAAAAUGAAAAGACAAAUUGGAGGUGAAAUGUGGUCAUUAACACAAACUGUUGCUAUUUUUAUAAAUAAUAAAUUCCUUGGUAAUGAUAUACAAUUCUUGCACUAUAUAAGUCAAGAUUAUAUUUUUAGCUUACCUGUUGGUGUAGAAUAUUAUGAAGAUCUUGCUGCAGAACAUUGCAAAAAAUUUAUGGAAAAAUCUAAGAGAAAAUAUGUUUAUUUCACAUUUUCUAUAGAUGAUACACCUAUUGGUUCAUUCGUGUUUAUGCUAUAUUCUGAUUUGUUGCCAUUAACUUGUCAAUAUUUUUUAAAUCUUUGCACUGGAUAUGAUGAAGUAAAAGAAUGUUACAAAGAUGCUUAUUAUAUAAAUACAUGUUUGCAUCGUAUAGUUAAAGAUGGAUGGCUCCAAUGUGGAGGUAUAGGAGGAUUUGAACCAUUUCAAUCGGAUAAAAAUAAUGCUGCUGAUGUUACAAUACCUGAUGAAUCUUAUUGUGUUCCUCAUGAUCGUCGAGGAGUUCUUUCAAUGACAAAUGAUGGCAAACAUUGUAAUGGAUCACAAUUUGUUGUAUGUUUAAAACCAAAUCCUUGGAUGAAUCAUUUUUAUGUUGCUUUUGGACAACUUAUAGAUGGUGCUAAAACUUUAAAAAUAUUAGAAGAUAUUUCAACAUAUUAUGAACAUCCACUUAAAAAAAUUGUAAUUUCACAAUGUGGAGAAUAUAGCUUUAAUAAUGAACUUAAGUUGGAGGCAGAAUCAAGGAUCUUCCUUAAACAUCAACCACCAGCAAGUAUAGAAGGAGAAGAUGUAAGAAUCACUGAUACUGCAUUUGAUUUUUACUCUAUUACACCAUGGCUUGAUAAUAUUGUGGAUAGUAUAGACAUUCGCGAUACUGAAUCGCUUUUGUUGGCUAAACGGUAUUUAAAUGGUCUCUAUUGUCUUUCAAGUGACUAUGAACCAGGAAUGGAUAUGCGUUUUUGUGAAAAAAUUCAUCUAAUUGGUAUGGCAGAAUAUAAUACGAUAACUGCUAAACUUCACGAUUUAUUGUUAAAUUUUCAACCAGAUAUAAUGACUGAACAAAAAAAAAUGAGAUUUAUCUCAGAAGUUUCUAAAAUUAUUUUAGCAUACAUUUUUCAUCAUGAGCAUAAUGAAUUUUGUCUACAACAUAUUUCAUUUAAUACUCAUGCAACAAUACAUAAAAUAUUAGAAAUUGCACAUGAAAUAGUAUUAAAAACUAUUAAAAAGGCUGCAAAGAAAUCUAUAAUUUCUCAGGAAUGUGGAACUGCGAAAAUUGCAAAGAUAUUUGAACUAAAACAUGUCAAUAAUAUAUUAGUCUCAGAAGGUUGUAUGUCACUAAUAGAAGAAAUAUUAAAUAAAGCUAUAUUGUGUUUAUUAAAAACUGUUGAAAUGCAAGAAUAAUAAGAAUGUAAUGAAGAAAAUUAUAAUUUUGAUAGA